AUGACUGUGAACGUAGAACUCUUUUCUCUGACAUAUGGUUCCCUUGUCCGUUCCAUUGUCGCCGAAACAAAUAACAUCAGUGACGCAAAUAACAAGCUCAGCAAAAUCGGUGUAAAUAUUGGCAACAGAAUUACUGACGAAUUUGUCGUUCAUGCGGAUAAAUGCCGUUUCAAAUCUCUUAAAGAGGCUUGCGAUAUGCUUGCUGACUACUCAUUCAAGACAUAUCUCGGAAUUAAUGCUGUUGUUAAAGAACCAUCAGAAACUCGUUGUGUUAUUAGCUUUUCUGAUAACCCAAUCACACGCUAUGUUAUUCUUCCACCUGAAUACCAAGGUUUAAUCUAUCUUAAUCCAUUACUUAGUGCUAUUAAGACAUCUCUUGGUCUUCUUCACUAUAAUGUCGAAGUCAAUUUGAUCAGCGACAUGCUCCAUGGAAAGCAGAGCAACGAUAUUGAGAUUAAGUUAAUCGAAAUUAUGGAUGACUUACCACCGGGUGAAUAUAUUUAA